AUGGUAUUUGUAAUAAAAAAACAAUUACAAUUUCGAGUUUUUUUCUGAAGCAGACACAUACACACGAACAAACACACCCUACCCCUCUCUUCCUCUCUUCACUCAGUCUCUGUGACUGGUUGGAAAUGGCAGCUUCUCCGGACCCCUAAACCACUUGGCAAAACGAAGAAAUGCGCCGCUUAAAAUGGACCGAAUCUAUUAAGGGAAUAUCAACAGUCCAGCCGUGAGCCAUAUCGACAGACAGAAGAGGAAUUAACACCGUUGUUAUUUCUGUACACAGUAUCUGUCCGUGUGAAGUGUGUUUGUUUACCGCACUGGGGUAAGGACGUCCAUUAGCAUUAGCUCCGUUAGCUCUUCUGCAACCCCGCCGCCGUCUCUCUCUCUCCUGCCGGGCUUUUCGCUAUCAUUCCGCCGCAUUCCCUACCUUCAAUCCCUGUCUACCGCUGCGGGUCAUGAAAAGCUGCUUUUGUCCCAAAAGGAAGGACGCAUUGCCGCAUUUAACAAAUUCCUCCAUGAUGCCUGAAGUACGAGACCUUUCAGACGCCCUCCCAGAGAUGCCAAUGGACCCGAUUACUGGUGUUGGGGUUGUGGCUUCAAGAAACAGAGCUCCUACCAGCUAUGACGUGGUUGCACAAACUACAGAUGGGCUUGAUGCAGACUUGUGGAAAGAUGGGCUGUUCAAAUCCAAGGUGACCCGCUAUCUGUGUUUCACCAGAGCCUUCUCCAAAGAGAACAGUCAUUUAGGAAACGUGCUUGUAGACAUGAAGCUCAUCGACAUCAAGGACACGCUGCCUGUGGGAUUUAUUCCUAUACAGGAAACUGUGGACACACAGGAGCCAGCGUUUAGGAAGAGGAGGUUAUGUAUUAAAUUUAUCCCACGAGAUUCCACUGAAGCGGCCAUCUGUGACAUCCGUAUCUUAGGACGAUCCAAACAGGCACCUCCACAGUAUACGUACAUCGGAGAGCUGAACAAUAUGGGCAUCUGGUAUCGCAUGGGUAAGGUGCCACGGACCCAAGAAUCUUCACCUGUCCAGAACAACAGCUCCACCGCCAAUACCAACAACAUCCAGACUGUCACAAAUAACUCCAACUCCACUCCAGCCCCCGUUCUGCCCAAGCACAUAUCCAUGACCCUGCCAGCAUGUUUCAGGAAAAGCACAACCAGACCAGACUUUGAACACCAGAACCUCUAUGCCAUCUCUGCUAUGGACGGAGUGCCUUUCAUGAUCUCGGAGAAGUUUGCAUGUGCCUCCAGCGACCUGGAGCAGGUGGAUCUAAUGGGCAUCAGGAUCAAGACAUUAGCAGAGAUUGAGAAAGAGUAUGAAUACAGUUUCAGAACGGAGCACAGUGCCGCGGCCCGUCUGCCCCCCAGUCCCACUAGAACGUCGCUGGGAUCUGAAGCCUAACGCUUGAGGAAGAAGCAGGAGAAGAGACUGACUUCUGAAGUUCUGAGAUGAGCAGUCUUCUCAAAACAUAGAACUAAUGUGAACGUUCGCUGCAGGCUAGAAUGUGGUGUUCACUUUUUCUUUGAAAAACAAACUGAAAUCAUUUCGUCUGGUCAAGUUUAGUCUCUCUUGAGUUAAUGCUGCUUUAUCAUAAAGAGCUUUGAAGACGAUGAGGAGCUUCGUCACUGCAGCCGUCCGAUCAAAACCACUACAGUCGUAUUUGGAUGACUGGGACUGAAUGGAAUGCUUGUGGAAACUCUAUAAUGUGUAUCUUUGACAUGCAAGUCUUUGAAUGGGUUUAAUCUGACCUUCGGACUGAGAUGCUGUUACGAUAGUGACCUUCGGAAGAGAUGAAUUUGGAGGAUUUGCGAGUUGACAGAGCGUGCAUGGAAUCAGAAGAUUUCGUUUUUAUUUUGUGUCGUUUGUCGCUCUUUGUUCGUUUGCUCGCUUGAGUUUUCUUGAGAUCGCAGCUAUUGCAUGACACACGUUUUUUGUUUGUUUCUGGGGCUGGGAAAUGAAGCCCAGUUCCCUGCACUGUUACAGGACUUUUAAGGCAUUUCAAUGUUUUUGUGUUCGUCUUAAAAAAGAAUUUCGAACAAAACACUCCGACUUUAAACAAAGCCUUGUACAUAGACAAGUGAUUAAUCAGGAAUGCAAUGUUUUAAGACCGUCUGUUACUUUUUUCUCUUUUUGUCUUUGUAACGUCUGGAUAGAUUUUUUUCUUAUAUUUUAUAUUUGACACAUUUUCAUCCUUCCAUAAAUGUUAAAUGGUGCUCAAGCAGGAUAUUGUUUGUAUCUGCACAUUUCAUGCUUUUAAGAUCACCUUUUUAAUGUGAAUAGAUGUGGAGUCAUUUUUAUCCCAAAAUCAAUCAAAAUUUCAAGCUUUCGGAUUAAGGAAACCAUACAUUUAUAAGGUUUUUUUAUUUUUAGCACAUUUUCACGGUCAUAUGCAAAAACUCAUUAAUGCAGUAUUUAAAAUGCCCAAAUCAGCAAAUGUAUUAUUUUCAAAUAGGAGUUUUCUAUUAUGAUUUUGGCAUUUCGGUCAAAAUACAACAAAUCAUAGUGUGCUAAGCAUGUCCUUUUUACCUUAAGCAAAAAUAAAUAGGUAAUUUCUUGCUUUUGAUUUUGGGAUAAAGUAUAAUCCAGACAUGUUCUUUGCCUUUUUUUCAAGAUUGACCUGAAAAUUUACCACAUUUUAGUUCCCUCGGUUUCUUUCCUCUCACAUUUGUCCAAGAAGCAGCUGAUGUAGUUCUGCUCUCACUGCUGUGUUCUUGUGAUGGUGGAAGUUCCGUGUAUUUUUUUCUAGCCAUCUCAGGUGAGAGUGUAUAUAUUAUUGAAGACGUCAAUCCUUUUCACAGUGAGACUAACACACUCCCAUGGGUUUGAGGUUUAUCGCGAGUCAACUGCCCAAGAGUCAUACCACUAAACUAUUCCUUUGACAGUGAUGAUAGGUUGGCCAAUUGUUCCUUAUGUGCUAUCCGUGUGUGUUUUCAUUUGUUUUUUUUUAGGAUUCAGUCAAAAUAUUCUAUGUUGAGUUUAUUAAUGUUAAGUUUCAUUUUGAAUCCAGUAAUGAUUUAAUAUAUCUGGAAACAGCCAUAGGAGACCUUAAUAUCUUAAACACCAUGAGGCAGAAACAAAUACUAACAUCUCAUCUCCUACAAUUAAUUCACAGACUACAGUUUACAAACAAAUUAGAGAAACUGAACUGAAGUAAUUAUGUAGGUCACAGUUGUUUUAAGUUGUUUUAGUCAUAUUUCUUCAUUUCAAUUAAAGGCCCAUUGAUCAUGCAGUGGUAUAUAUUUCUUAAGCAUAACAUGGUUUAUUUUGAAAUGUAACUGUUUUUGUUGAAUUAUUUAAUAAUUUUAUAUAAAGACUAAUUUAAAAGUUUAGGGGUAUAGGUAGUUUGUUGUCUCCCCAUCCCUUUUGGUCACACGAACAAAUAGAAUCUGUUGUUUAGUUAUUGCACUGCUAAAUGAGUAAGCCCGUUUACCAUUUUCUAAACUGUUAAAUGUGUAUCAUCCAGUUAAAAAUCGUUGUUUACUUCUUCCGCUGUGUUUGAUAUCUGAACUGAUUUUCAUUUCAUAAAUGUGAAUGCCAGUGUUAACUGCUGGUUUGAUUUUUGUGCUUCAUUAUAAAGUUAUUAUAAACAUCA